UGGUGUCAGUGGAGGUUUGCGUAAAAUUUAUCUGGCGCAUUUUUAUGAUAGCGGCCCGUGUUUUAGCGCUGGCCCUAUUAGCCAGCGUGUUUCGAUUUUGCAUGGCUUUGCAAAUUAUCAUCAAGAUAAUCAGUUGCAAUAUUAAACUCACCGCGGUGGAGUGGAAACAAUUUAGAAGUUCGGCGUGUUUAGCCUACGUGCUUAUAUUUGAUUACCAUAAUUCACGUGAUAAAUUGUCCGGCAAGCGAUAUAUUUAUUACAUCAUCGUGUUUGUAGAGAACUUUGGUUUAACGUGUGCUUGGUACUUUACCUGUCCGGACGGCCUAUGGUAUAAAUCGUAUGCAUUACACGCAGAGAUUAUAUGCUUUUUUGUCGGCAUUUCUAUUAUGUGUGCACAUUAUCAUUGGAUGUUUUCGAAAUUUAUUCAAAAUUUGAUCAACGCGGCCGAAGCAAACGAUUCACGCAACAAUAUUGUGGCAAAUGGUCACUCCACCCAAGUGGCCAACAAUGAGCAUCAGGGCCAUUCUGGUCAAGUACAUGAA